AGAAGAAGAAAAGAAUAAAACAAUAUUUGCUUGAACUGUAACAUUUUUUAAUAUAAAUAAUAUUGUGGCAAACGUAGUUAAAUUAUGGUUGUAAGUAAUGAAGAAAAUAUACCCUCGCCGAAUUGUCCAGACUUAGAGCCGCCGCCUUCAGGCGAUUCUCUCGGUGAUUUGCUGGAACAUCUCGAAGAUUAUUCUCCGACGAUCCCAGAUGCUUUAACAUCCCGUUAUUUAAACAUGGCAGGAUUUGAAGAAGUAGAUCCCCGCAUUGUUCGUAUUAUAUCUGUAACGGCUCAGAAAUUUAUUUCGGAUAUUGCAAAUGAUGCGCUACAGCACUGCAAGACCCGCAACAUAAGUCAACAUUCUGGGAGUCAUGGCUCAAAUAAGGAUAAAAAAGCUAAUAAAGACCGGAAAUACACCUUGGCUAUCGAGGAUUUGACGCCAGCAUUAGCUGACCAUGGCAUAACUAUGCGGAAGCCACAAUACUUUGUUUAAUUGAUUCAUUUAUUGCUCAUAAAAUCUAUAGUAUAAUAAGAAGCAUAACAAUUUCAUAAUUAAUGAAGAGAUUAUAUUGAAAAUUAUAAAAACAAAUAUGUAAUGUCCAUAUACUUAUAUAAAGAGCAAAAACAAAAACAGGGAAAUUUUUUAAUUGAAUUAGUUGAUGAACUCCUUAAAAUAUAUUACGAAAUAUAUAUUGUAAGAGAAAGUGAAGUUGCGUUUUUCGGUUUAUACCGAAAUAAUCCAAAAUAAUCUAAUUAAGAACCCAAAAACAUUGACACGCAAUAGCGAUAAGAUAUGAUUAAGACUCAGUUAGGCGAUGAAUUGCACUGGAAAUUUUACACAUUGUACAUUUACAUAGGUUUCAUUGUAAGAACAUACGCAUAGUUUAGAGAAGAAAAGAUUUUUAAAAGUUAUCUACAUUGAUAAGUUUACGCGUUGCCCCCUUGCUCCCCUUGCUAAGA